UUUGCUACUGCUUCUAUUUUUACUGUUAUUUCUCGCGUUUUCUCGCGGUUUCCCGCGGUUUAUUUUCAGAUUUUUUCCCCUCGUGGUUUUCUUGCUGCUCCAGUUCCCCAGUAUUGUGGAUCUCGUGGUAUUUUGCUGAGGCGUUCAAUGGACUUUGGAGGUGGCCGCAAGAGGGGAAGAAACGAAGCUGCCUUGAAUGGCAAUGGCGGUCUGAAGAAAUCCAAGUCAGAAUUGGAGUCCUUUUCAUCUGGUAUAGGAAGCAAAUCGAAGCCAUGCACAAAGUUUUUCAGCACUUCUGGGUGCCCUUUUGGUGAGGGAUGUCAUUUCUUGCACUAUGUUCCUGGUGGUAUCAAAGCUGUGUCUCAGAUGAUUAAUCUUGGUGUGAACCAAACCCUUCCUCCAGCUGCUAGAAAUUCAGCUGUCCCCCCGUCAUUUCCAGAUGGUUCUUCUCCUCCUGCUGUUAAGACCAGGCUGUGCAACAAGUUCAACUCAGCUGAAGGCUGCAAGUUUGGUGAUAAAUGCCAUUUUGCCCAUGGUGAGUGGGAGCUUGGCAAGCCAAAUGCUCCAUCCUAUGAAGAUCCUCGUGCCAUGGGACCGUUGCCAGGCAGGAUGGGGGGUCGAAUAGAGCCUCCACAACAAAGUCAUGGAGCUGCAGCCAGUUUCGGUGCUUCUUCCACUUGUAAGGUCAGUGUUGAUGCUUCACUGGCUGGAGCCAUCAUUGGGAAAAAUGGUGUGAACUCAAAGCAAAUCUGUCGGGUGACAGGAAAGCUUUCCAUAAGAGAUCACGAGUCAGAUCCUAACUUGAGGAACAUUGAGCUUGAAGGAAGCUUUGAUCAGAUAAAGCAAGCCAAUGCCAUGGUUCGCGAACUUAUUGCCAAUGUUGGAUCUGGUGCUGGAAAUCCCAUGAAGAACCAUUCAAUGGGGGGUUCAGGUCCAGGUAACAACUUUAAGACUAAAUUAUGCGAGAACUUUGCUAAAGGUUCAUGCACCUUUGGUGAAAGAUGCCACUUUGCCCAUGGAGCUGAAGAAUUGCGCAAGCCAGGAAUAUGAGCACUCUCACGGCCUCUCAUCUUAUUCUCUUCAUAACCCUCUCUGUUAGGAUGAACACUUGUUAUAGCGUUUAGUUGUCUGUUCUUUUGACUUUAUUAAAGAAUGCGGUAUUUUUAGAGUUUUUGUAGGGUUUGAUAUGGUGAAAGUUUAUGUUUUUGGCGUA